GUCCGUGGUUGCUGUAGAAACCGCGUCCAUGGCGGUGCCCAGACAGACGUCCAGCCGCAUCACGCACCGCGAAGAGGCGGGAGGCUCUGCCGACCUGUUGGCCACUACGCGGACGCCUGUGCCCGCAGUGCCGCCCGGGUCCCCCGAAAGUCUCGUGUCGCCCGUGCAGGUCGCCGAGCCGCCGGGGAAGAACCUGUGGGAGCAGAUCUGCGAGGAAUAUGAAGCUGAGAUACCCACCUUUCCAGAAGGAUAUAAAGUGAAACAGGAAGCUGCUGUUACGGUCACACCAUUGGAGGAACUGGUUCCUCAUGGCUUCAACAUGGAGCACUACCUCCCAAUGCAACAGUUCCCGGUGAUGCCACCUGUGCCCUGUCCUCCCAGGAAGACAGAGACAGUUGAGCCCAAGACCUGUUCUCCCAAAGAUUACCUGGAAAUGUUUGUCUUUCCGGUUCUGCUCCCUGGAAUGGCCAACCUGCUUCACCAAGCAAAGAUAGAAAAGUGUUUUGAGAGGAAGAGAACCAAAUUUAUUGCCUGCGAUUUCCUGACCGAGUGGCUGUACAACCAGAAUCCAAAGAGGGCAGGGGAGCCGUUCACGAAAUUCUUCUCCAUUCCAUUUGUAGAGGAGUGGCUCAAGGCUCACCCGAGGCCACCGAUCCCCCUCUCCCUGCUACUGACAGAAGAGGCAGCCGCAGUCAGCAUCCAGGCCUUCUGGAGAGCCUAUCUGGUCCGCUGUGACCCUGAGAUUCAGGAGCUGCGCCAGUGGCAGAAGAAGCUACGCGAGGACAAGCACAUCCGCCAGCGGGUGAAGAUCUUCUGGGCCAAACAAGAGCAGAAGAUGAAAUGUAAAAUGGAGGACGAGGAAGUGCUUGGUGCCUCAGUACCACCUCCUUAACUGAUGUCAGUCACUCCAUGUGGAAGGAUAACGUCCAAACUACACUUUCCCUAUAAAGACUUUUUUU